UUUAGUCUGUAAUGGUGAUGAAGAGGGAGUUUAGGACCAAGAGAUGUCCCCGCGCGACCGUCCUCUCCGACAGCGGAACUUUCCAAAGAAAAAAAUAGAAGCCAAACUUCCGGGGAUUUCCCAAAAAUAUAAUAGAAUUCAGUGUAUUCUGUUCAAACUUUUAAAAAAAAACGACGGUUUAUUGGUUCCAUGAGAGUAUACACGUUUGAACAUGUACAAGGUAAAAGGGAUAAUAUUUCAGACAAUGCAGUAAUGAUUGGACAAGCUGAGAAGUAUGCAUUCCAAACUGGAGUUUAUGUGAUUUAGCUGCUCUGGUUGAAUCGGCUAGAGAUUUGCAAAUCAUGAUAAAGGAACUUGCAAUAACUGAGCAUCCAGUAUCUGCGUGUGUGCCUCCGAAUUAUCGUGUUACUCUGCGUUGUCGAGCAAAGGGGUCGGGCCUCCUACAGUACCAGUGGUUCCAAUCAGAAGAUGAAGAGGUUCCUGGUGCCACGCAGCCAGACCUGGUCAUCACGGCCAAGAAAACCCAGGUUUACGUCUGUAGAGUGAACGACAAGCACAGUAACUGUGUGUUUAGUGAAUGGGUGAAGGUGAAAGUUUGGCAAAUUCUGAGAGCAGACAUACCCCUAACGUGGCAAGGACAGCCACAGAUAGUUGUGCAUCCCAGGUCAGUCACUAUAAAGCACAAUGAGGAGCUUAAGUUGCUGAGCAUUGCUUUUGGAAUCCCUCCUCCACGCUACCAGUGGUACUUGAACGGGAAUCUGUUGCAAGACCAGACGAAAGAAACACUGCUAAUAAAGAAAGCGGAUAAAGACCAUCAAGGGACCUACCUGUGUUCAGUUUCUAAUGUGCUUGAGGAGACCUGGACUGAGCCAGCUGAAGUUAAUAUAGAACCUCCUAAUAAAACCACAACAGGGAGAUGUUAUGCAACAGACAAAGUAGCUCUUCUUAUUGGCAAUCUGAAUUACUCCAAUCACCCGAACUUGAUUGCGCCCAUGAUGGAUGUCCAUGAGCUGGCGAAUCUGCUGCAGACUCUGAACUUCCGUGUUGUAUCGCUGCUCAACACCACCAAAGAGGAGAUGACGGCUGCAAUCCAGGAGUAUGUGAAACUGCUUGACAAAGGGGUUUAUGCUUUGUUCUACUAUGCUGGGCAUGGAUAUGAAAAUUCAGGUAGAAACUACCUGGUUCCCAUUGAUGCUCCCCAGCCAUACAGACGAGAGAACUGCAUCAGUGUGCAGCGAACCAUGCAGCAAAUGCAAGAGAAGCACACAGCACUGAACGUUGUCUUGCUGGACACAUGUAGGAAAUGGUACAACAAGGAUUGUGCGCCUUCUGAAGUAAAGCCACUUCUACCUUUUGGCAACACAGUGUAUGGAUAUGCAACGAGUGAAGACGCUGAAGCCUAUGAGGUCCAGGAUGGCAGUCGGAGUUCAGGAAUCUUCACAAAGUACCUCAACAAACACAUUCUGCUAGAGGAGAAAGUUACUCAUGUUCUUGAACAAGUAUCUGAGGAUCUAGGAAGAGAUCCCCUGAUUAUUGGAAAGCAGGUGAUGGAGAUUAAACACACACUAAAUGAGCCCCGUGCACUAACUGACCAAGUCUGCACUACAGGACACACUGUCGAGCUCCGGGAAAGGAACCUGAACUGGAGUCGGGCCAACGAGCUGCCUGAGAGAAGGGUGCUGAAGUUCCCUUGUGGUACUGAAGUGGAACUCAGUUUCUCUGCGUUAUUUUCUAACAUGAUUACAGUGUUUGCUACAGUGAAGAAGACAGGGUGGAAAACAAUGGACUGCAGUGUUAGUCUACAAAGUACACCAGCGAUGGAGGAUGUGUUCUCAAGCAGUGACGACAGUACUGGUGGAAUGGGCUCUUUGCUGCUAAGUGGUCCUGACGACACUGACUGCAGUCUCAGGCUGAGCGGCCUACAGAAACUCAAGAGGAAUUUGAUAUUAAAGGUGGAUUUGCAUUACACAAGCAUGGACAGCAGGCAGCGAAUGGUGGAGAGAAAACAGGAAGACAUUGGAAAACCUUUAGUUGCCAAAUGUGAACUUCACAAGUCCGCAAAGCCUUUAGAAAGACGUGAGGGUAAAGUAAUGGCCGCCACAUUCCAGGCACCGCCACAGCGGGCAACAACGCCAUUGGGUCAGCCUUGUAGGCCAUCGACACGCAAGGCAGAAAAUGCUCGGGAACACAAUGAGCCAGAGGAAAAUGAUGAGAGUGAGUUACUGAACCUCGCUUUCAGGUCCCUGGGACAGAAAAGCACUUGCACGGGGGCUCCCGAGUGGCGCAUCCAGUAAAGGCGCUCCGCGCGGAGUGCAGGAUGUGCCCUAUAGCCUGGAGAUCACAGGUUCGAAUCCAGGCUAUGUCACAGCAUCAGCGACCCCUGCGCCCGAUAGGGCACCUGUGGUUCUGCAGUGGAGCCGCCAGAUCUGUGUUGUCCUCCGGCACUAUAGGUCUGGUGGCAUUGCUGUGGAUCUGCAGUGCGAAAAAUGACUGCUUGGCAGGAGCAUGUUUCGGAGGACGCGUAUUCCAGCCUCCGUUUCCCGAGUCGGCGGGGGGGUUGCGAGCGGUGAGCCGGGGAUACAGAUAAUAAUUGGGCAUGCCAAAUUGGGGUGAAAACCGGGGUAAAAUAAUUGGCGACGACUAAAUUUUAUUUUAUAUAAAAAAAAAAAAAAGAAAAGAAAAGCACUUGCACUUGAUGAAGGGACAGCAUCUCUACAACAUGAUGACGUCAUUUAUUUGCUGAACAUUUUUUAUUAUUAUUUUGCCUAAACUUUUAUUUAACGUGUAUGUUAUACUAAACUAUUUUGGAGCUGUAUGAAGAGUCAAACUUAUUUUAUAUGGGAGAUUAAUUGGGGACAUAAUGUAAAACAUCUGAUGGGAGAUUUUUUUUUUGGUAUAUUGUAUAUUAUAAUAAAUACUGCUUUAGAAUAGACAUUAAUGAAACGGCAGUUAAUUGCUACAUGUAAUGUCCUUUGCUUUCCAUUAGUUGUAGAGCCUCCUCAGUAAAUAAAUAGCACAGUGAUUGCUACUGACUUAACUAUACCAUUUCUAUUUCUGGCAUUUAACUGUACAAUUAUGACUUUGUUUGUAUCACUUUCUGGUAUUAUCUUGGAACAACCCCUUUUUUUUUUGUAAAAUCAAUGUAUUAGUCUAAAUUGUAAUGGAGAUUAAUGCCUGUUAAUGGUUAAUUGCACAGACUGUUAAUGGACCGAUGUCUGGUGAAACAUGUAAAAUACAGACUUAUGAGGACUCACGAGUUAUACAUAUAGUUACGAAUGUGUGCAUUGCCUUGCUGCCAAUUAAAAGAUAAAUAACUGAUGAUAUUACAAAACUAGUAAGAAUGAUCCUAAGCACUUAAAUAAAAAUGUUCUCAAGUAUUAGCUGUUUUAUUGUUCUGAAUAGUUUUUGAAAACGCUAGUGCAAACUUUGUGCUGGGCAAAAUCCCAGCCCAUUUUAUAUUCUUUUAAAUAAAUGUAUAUUGCCGGUAGGAUCUGUAAAAAGAGUAGCACCACAGAAACAAAGUAGAUUCUGCAUACCCCUUUAUUCUAAGAAAUAACCUAGGAUAUUCAUUUAAGACCACAUACAUGCACCUUUGUUGUUACUUGCUCAUUGUGGAACAUGGCUUCAAACUUAACACUGGGUUAAAUGCUUUGCAGAUAUGUCCAAAACUGUUGUGCUUACUGGAGCACUGUAUGGUUAUGUGUAUACAGUACUCCAUGAUUUAUUUGUGAUUUGAAUAUGUGACUUUUGGGUUGAUUUCAUCAUCCUGUACUUCACCAGACGAAGUCACAGCUGUAUAUUUAGAGUAUUUUACAGCACUGGCAAAUUACCCUGGAUUGCACCAAACAUCUAUCCUGUGGUUAUUCCACAAUUGCCUUGAAAAAUGUGGUUUAUGCAAUCCAGAUGUGUACAGUGAAAUGCUCAAAUCCAGAUGUGGCUUCUCCUGGGAUUAACCCCUUAUCUUGUUCAUACAAAACAUUACCAUGCCCCAGGUGCACUUUGACUAAAAGGAGUUCUGUAAUUGUGUAAUAUCAGGUUUAACAAAAUAUCAGUGUCUGGAAUGUUUAGCUGGCACUGAAUGUCUUUUACCCUGUAAUCAAUAGUAUGAUUUUUAAAAAAAAAAGAAAAGAAAAUAAUUAAGAUUAGCUAACAGUCAAGUCUUGAAACACUGUUUUAGUUUUGAUGCAGCGCAGUAUCUCUGCGUAUUAUAUCAGUUUAGAAGUUCUCACUUGUUGCAUUAAAUCUUGGUUUAAUUGUGGUUGCACUGUUCUGCUGUACAAAACUACGUAUAUUGUACAUGCCAGUACUCUGAAAUGUUUAAUAAAUAUGACUAAUUGUGAUUGUAUUGUUUCUGCUUUGAAUGCUACAAUAAUAAAGGAUUUUUAAAUGCUG